CCCUAAAUCAGACUUCCCGUCGAAAGAGUGUUCAUGUGCGGGCUCCCGCCAUUCGCGUAGUGGCGUUUUAGAUCAGACUUGUUCUCGAGAAUGACUCUGAAACUCGAUAAAGAGGCCUUUUUUAGGCGAAUGAAGAAAAUUUAUUCUGCAUGGGCGAAGGCUUCAGGGGAUGAUGUCCUUGCGAAGAUGGAUGGACUUAUAACUGCUGUGGGUGCAGAUGAAGAAAUAGUGUAUUCAAAAUCAACUUCACUGCAGACCUGGCUAUUUGGCUACGAGCUGACAGAUACAGUCAUGGUAUUGUGUGAAAAUGGCAUAUACAUACUGGCAAGCAAGAAGAAGAUUGACUUUCUCAAGCAGCUAGAAGGCAGCAAGGAGAAUGACCAGGGAGUUCCCCCAGUCAAACUUCUUGUCAGAGACAAAGGAGACAAGGACAAAGCCAACUUUGGGAAGCUGGUGGAAGCUGUUAAAAGCAGUAAAAAGGGCAAGGUUGUAGGCGAGUUUUCAAAAGACAGGUUUUCGGGCGAGUUUAUGGACAGCUGGAGAGCUGUUGUCAAAAGUGCUGGCUUUGAAAAGGUUGAUGCCAGCAAUACCUUUGCCUAUAUUAUGGCACCCAAAGAGGAGCCAGAGGUGAAGAUAAUUCAACGUGCAUGUCAGGUCACUUGUGAUGUUUUUAACAAGUACUUGAAGGAUCAGAUCAUGGAAGUCAUUGAUGCAGACAAGAAAGUGAAACACUCCAAGCUGGCUGAUGGGGUGGAGCAGGCAUUGCAGAACAAGAAGUAUGUCCAAGGGGUGGAUUCAUCUCAGCUGGACAUGUGUUACCCUGCGAUUAUACAGAGUGGCAAGAACUACAGCCUUAAAUUUUCGACCGUAAGUGAUGAUAAUGCCCUAGACUUUGGAGCUAUUGUGUGCUGCAUGGGAGUUCGCUUUAAAUCUUACUGCUCCAACAUUGUGCGUACACUGCUGGUUGACCCUGAUGAAGAGACACAGAAGAAUUACGAGUUUCUGGUCAAGGUGGAGGAGGAGAUCCUGGCCAAACUACAGCAUGGCACAAAACUGAGUGAUGUAUAUGAGGCAGGUGUCAGUCUCGUGAAAGCAGAACGACCAGAGCUAGAAGCCAAAAUGUCCAAAAGUUUCGGCUUUGCCAUGGGCAUUGAAUUCAGGGAGAGCUCCCUGCUCAUUGCUCCUAAGACAAAUGCUCCAGCUAAGAAAGGCAUGGUUUUCAAUGUGAAUGUGGGAUUUGUUGGUCUUGUAUGGAAGUCAUCUGCAAAAAAGGAGAAAACAUACGCACUUUUUGUGGGAGACACUGCGUUAGUUAAUGAGGGCUCCCCUGCAACUGUGCUGACAAACUUGAAAAAAAGAGUGAAGCACAUAGGCAUUUUCCUCAAAGAUGAAGAUGAGGAAGAGGAGGAGGAAGAAGAACUGGAGGUGCCCAAAGAAACAGAUGCUUUUCUGGGUCGGGGCAGACGCAAUGCUGUGUUGGACCAGCGCACAAGGGCUGAUGCUCCUUCUGAAGAAAAGCGGCAGCAGCAUCAGAAAGAGCUUGCUCAACGGCUUAAUGAUGAGGCUAGAGAGCGGCUCAAAGGAAUGAAGACAGAUUCUGGAGACAAGAAAGUUCGCAAGUCAAAUAUUUCAUACAAAAGUUACAACCACUUUCCACAAGAGUCAGAGGUGAAGGAUCUCAAGUUGUAUGUAGAUCGGAAGUACGAGACUGUUGUGUUGCCGAUAUUUGGAGCUCCAACGCCAUUUCACAUUUCUACCAUUAAGAAUAUCAGUCAGUCUGUGGAAGGAGACUAUACCUACCUCAGAAUCAACUUUUUUCACCCAGGAGCAACAUUGGGAAGGGCAGAAGGACCCACUUUUCCUAAUCUUGACCUCACAUUUCUGAAAGAAAUAACCUAUCGCAGUUCUAAUACGAAAGAACCAGGUGAGAUUUCUGCACCAUCAUCAAAUCUCAACACAGCUUUCCGUCUCAUUAAGGAAGUGCAGAAAAAGUUUAAAACACGUGAAGCUGAGGAGCGUGAAAAAGAGGGCAUUGUGAAGCAAGACACACUGAUUGUGAACCCAAACAGAGGCAAUCCAAAAUUGAAGGACCUCUACAUCAGGCCAAACAUAGUCUCCAAACGCAUAUCAGGAACCUUGGAGGCUCACACAAACGGUUUUCGCUUCACUUCAGUCCGUGGUGACAAAGUAGACAUUCUUUACAACAACAUCAAGCAUGCUUUUUUCCAGCCUUGUGAUGGUGAAAUGAUUAUUCUGCUUCACUUCAACCUUAAGAAUGCUAUAUUGUUUGGCAAGAAGAAGCACAUUGAUGUCCAGUUCUACACAGAAGUUGGUGAGAUCACAACAGAUCUCGGCAAGCAUCAACACAUGCAUGACCGAGAUGACCUUCAUGCUGAGCAGGCUGAGCGUGAGCUUCGUCAGAAACUGAAGUCAGCAUUCAAAAGUUUUUGCGAGAAAGUUGAGGCCAUAACAAAACAGGAAGUGGAAUUUGACAUGCCUUUUCGAGAUCUGGGAUUUCAUGGUGUACCUUUCCGCUCCACAGUGCUGCUUCAACCCACCAGUGGCUGCCUAGUCAACCUGACUGAAUGGCCCCCAUUUGUCGUAUCUCUGGAAGACGUGGAGAUAGUGCAUUUUGAACGUGUGCAGUUUCACCUGAAGAAUUUUGACAUGGUCUUUAUUUUUAAGGACUAUCACCGUAAAGUAGCCAUGAUCAACUCUGUUCCUAUGACCAUGUUGGAUCAUGUCAAGGAAUGGCUCAAUUCCUGUGAUAUCCGAUAUACAGAAGGCGUACAGAGCUUGAACUGGGCCAAAAUCAUGAAAACCAUUACUGAUGACCCAGACGGUUUCUUUGAUAAUGGUGGCUGGACAUUCUUGGAUCCAGAAAGUGAAGGAGAAGAAGAGGAAGAAGAGACUGAGGAGGAAGAUGAUUAUCGGCCAUCUGAUGAAGAAACAGGUGAUGAUGAAAGCAGUGAGGAAGACAGUGAUGAUUCUAACUGGGAAGAUGAAGAAGACUCAGCUUCGGAGGAAGAGCUUGGUUCCAGUGAAGAGAGUGGCAAAGACUGGGAUGAGUUGGAAGAAGAGGCACGGAAAGCGGAUCGAGAAAAGGAGCUGGGAGAAGAUGAAGGACGUCAUCAACAUCAUUCGUCAUCACAUCGGUCAUCAUCACACAGAUCAUCAUCACAUCGGUCUCACUCUUCAAAAUCAGGACAGAAACGCAAGCAUUCUGGCGGAGACAGCAGAAAUCCCAGCAAAAAGAAGAAGCAUCAUUGAGAAACAAGUUACAAUUUCAUGUGAUACAUUUAAUGACACCCCUCCCUUUUAUAUAGUUCUUGUUACAUGUUUAUCACACACGUAGGAGUGAAAAGUUGUGCCUCAGUGAAUAAAAGAUGAUUUCAAGCACA